AAACCGCGGGCCCAGGGGCGGGUCCGGCUCCAACGCGGUCCCGCCCGGCACUUUCCUCUGCAAGAGGCUACCCGAGCGCGCCCGGCGGAUCCGUGCGGGACGCGGAGCCCAGAAACCGCGCGUCCGCGCUUCCCGCACACCGCCCGGCCCUGCGGGCCACUCCGCACCGCAGCCUCGCUCCUGCCCCGCGGUGACCGCAAAGCCUCGCUCCGUACCCGCUGCGUCCUCGCCUCGUCGCCUCUCCGCCCCCGCUCCGUCCAGCUCUGUCCCCGCUGCGUCCCGCUCCGUCCCGCUGUGUCCCAGCUGCGUCCCCACUCCGUCCCCGCCCGCCGAUCCCAGGCGAUGCCGCGCGGCGCCACCUGGGCGCUGCUCUUGGCCGCGGCCCUGGGGCUCGGGGCGCGCGGGGUGCGCGGCGCGGUGGCCCUCGAGGACUUCUACCCGUUCGGCGCGGAGCGCGGCGAUGCCGUCACCCCCAAGCAGGACGACGGCGGCUCCGGACUGCGGCCGCUCUCCGUGCUCUUCCCGUUCUUCGGCGCGGAGCACUCCGGACUCUACGUGAACAACAACGGGGUCAUCUCCUUCCUGAAGGAGGUCUCGCAGUUCACUCCCGCGGCCUUUCCCGUCGCCAGGGACCGCUGCGUGGUGGCGGCCUUCUGGGCGGACGUGGACAAUCGGCGGGCAGGGGACGUGUACUACCGGGAGGCCACCGACGCGGCCACGCUGCGCAGAGCCACGGGCGACAUCAGGCGCUACUUCCCUGAGCUCCCAGGCUUCUCGGCCACCUGGGUCUUCAUAGCCACCUGGCACCGCGUCACCUUCUACGGAGGCAGCUCCUCCUCCCCCGUCAACACGUUCCAGACCGUGCUCAUCACCGACGGCCGGCUCUCCUUCACCAUCUUCAACUACGAGACCAUCACGUGGACCACGGGCACGCACGCCAGCAGCGGGGGCAACGCCACAGGCCUGGGGGGCAUCGCGGCUCAGGCCGGCUUCAACGCAGGUGAUGGGCGGCGCUACUUCAGCAUCCCCGGCUCGCGCACAGCGGACGUGGCCGAGGUGGAGACCACCACCAACGUGGGCGUGCCCGGGCGCUGGGCGUUCAGAAUCGAUGAUGCCCAGGUGCGCGUGGGGGGCUGCAGCCAUACAACCUCUGUGUGCCUGGCCCUGCGCCCCUGCCUCAACGGCGGCAAAUGCAUCGACGACUGCGUGACGGGCAGCCCCUCCUACACCUGCUCCUGCCUCUCGGGCUUCACGGGGAGGAGGUGCCACCUGGAUGUGAAUGAGUGUGCCUCCCACCCGUGUCGGAACGGCGGGACCUGCACGAGCGGCGUGGACAGCUUCAGCUGCCAGUGCCCGGCUGGCUUCGGGGGACACACCUGCGAGACAGCCCAACUUCCAUGUGACGCCAAAGAGUGUGAGAACGGCGGCUGGUGCCAGGCUGAGGGCGGCACCGCCGUGUGCGUGUGCCCGGCCGGCUACACGGGCGCAGCCUGCGAGACAGACGUGGACGAGUGCCGCUCCGGGCCCUGCCUGAACGGAGGGUCGUGCGUGGACCUGCUGGGGAAUUUCAGCUGCCUGUGUGCAGAGCCCUUCCAGGGACCUCGCUGCGAGACAGGAAAACCCCCAGUGUCCGACGCCUGCCUUUCGGCCCCUUGCCAGAACGGGGGCACCUGCGUGGAUGCAGAUGAGGGCUACGUGUGCGAGUGCCCGGAAGGCUUCAUGGGCCUCCACUGCAGGGAGAGAACCCCCCAAGACUGUGAGUGCCGCAACGGAGGCCGGUGCCUGGGGACCAACACCACCCUGUGCCAGUGUCCCCCAGGCUUCUUCGGGCUCCUCUGCGAAUUUGAAGUCACGGCCACGCCCUGCAACGUGAACACACAGUGCCCCGACGGGGGCUACUGCAUGGAGUACGGGGGGAGCUACCUCUGCGUCUGCCACACCGACCACAACAUCAGCCACGCACUGCCGUCCCCCUGCGACUCGGACCCCUGCUUCAACGGAGGCUCCUGUGACGCCCACGACGACUCCUACACGUGCGAGUGCCCGCGGGGCUUCCACGGCAGGCACUGCGAGAAAGCCCGGCCGCGCCUGUGCAGCUCAGGGCCCUGCAAGAACGGCGGCACGUGCAAGGAGGCGGGCGGCGAGUACCACUGCACCUGCCCCUACCCCUUCACCGGGAGGCACUGCGAGAUCGGGAAGCCAGACUCGUGCGCCUCUGGCCCCUGUCACAACGGUGGCACCUGCUUCCACUACAUCGGCAAAUACAAGUGUGACUGUCCCCCAGGCUUCUCCGGGCGGCACUGUGAGAUAGCCCCCUCCCCCUGCUUCCGGAGCCCGUGUAUGAAUGGGGGUACCUGCGAGGACCUGGGCACAGAUUUCUCCUGCCGCUGCCAAGCAGGGUACACGGGACGCCGGUGCCAGGCAGAGGUGGACUGUGCCCCCGAGGAGGUGAAACACGCCACCCUGCGCUUCAACGGCACCCGGGUGGGCUCGGUGGCCGUGUACUCGUGUGACCGCGGCUACAGCCUCAGUGCCUCCAACCGCGUCCGGGUCUGCCAGCCACAGGGCGUCUGGAGCGAGCCUCCCCAGUGCCACGAAAUCGACGAGUGCCGAUCCCAGCCGUGCCUGCAUGGGGGCUCCUGCCAGGACCGCGUCGCUGGGUACCUGUGCGUCUGCCGCCCAGGCCACGAGGGCGCCCACUGUGAGCUGGAGACAGACGCAUGCCGGGUGCAACCCUGCAGAAACGGAGGCUCCUGCAGGGGUCUCCGAGGGGCCUUUGUCUGCCAGUGCCCCCCAGGCUUCACAGGAGUCCGCUGCGAGACAGAGGUGGAUGCCUGUCACCCCAGCCCCUGCCAGCACGGCGGCCGCUGCGAGAACGACGGGGGCGCCUACUUGUGUGUCUGCCCGGAGGGCUUCUUCGGCUACCACUGUGAGACAGUGAGUGACCCCUGCUUCUCCAGCCCCUGUGGGGGCCGCGGCUACUGCCUGGCCAGCAAUGGGUCCCACAGCUGCACUUGUAAAGUGGGCUUCACGGGCAAGGACUGUGCCAAAGAGCUCUUCCCACCAACGGCCCUCAAGGUGGAGCGAGUGGAGGAGAGCGGGCUGUCCAUCUCCUGGCGCCCCCCCGACAGCCAGGCUGCCAGGCAGAUGCUCGACGGCUACGCGGUCACCUACGCCUCUUCCGACGGCUCCUACCGCCGCACGGACGUCGUGGACCGGAGCCGCUCCUCGCACCAGCUCCGGGCCCUGGCGGCUGGCAAGGCCUACAACAUCUCCGUCUUCUCGGUCAAGCGCAAUGCCAACAACAAGAACGAUAUCAGCCGGCCCGCGGUGCUGCUCGCCCGCACGCGACCCCGCCCUGUCGAGGGCCUUGAGGUCACCAACGUGACGGCCAAUGCCAUCUCGGUGCAGUGGUCCCUGCACAGGAUCCGCCACGCCACCGUCAGCAGCGUCCGCGUGUCCAUCCGCCACCCCGAGGCCCAGGAGGAGCAGUCCACAGACGUGGACAGGAGCGCGGACAAGUUCACAUUCGGGGCCCUGCUGCCAGGAAGAAGGUACGCCAUCUGGGCGACGGCCCUCACGGGGCUGGGGGUGCAGGAGCGUCCCACCGAGAGCCUGGCCUCGGCCCCGCUGCACGUGUGGACCCGGCCUCUGCCGCCAGCCAACCUGACCGCCGCCCGAGUCACAGCCACCUCCGCCCAUGUGGUCUGGGACGCCCCCGCUCCGGGCGCCUCGCUGGAGGCGUAUGUCGUCAAUGUGACCUCCAGCCAGAGCACCAAGAGCCGCUCCGUCCCCAACGGGAGGCUGGUGUCCUACACGGUGCGGGACCUGCUGCCCGGACGGCGGUACCAGCUCUCAGUGACAGCCGUGCAGAGCACCGAGGGCGGCCCGCUGCACAGCGAGCCCGCGCACCUGUACAUCAUCACCUCCCCAAGGGACGGCGCCGACAGACGCUGGCACCGGGAAGGACUGCCCCCGCGGGUGCUCAGAAACCGGCCACCCCCCGCACGCCUGCCGGAGCUGCGCCUGCUCAACGACCACGGUGCCCUUGACACACCGACCCAGGCCCCCAGGUUCUCGGAGCUUGUGGACGGCAGAGGACGAGUGAGCGCCAAGUGGGGCGGCUCACCUGGCAAACGGGUCACUGUGAGAUCACAACCCACUGCGCUGGUGCAGCUUGAGAGCGCAGAGGAGGCCCCCACGCAGGCCAGCCUGGCCUUCCAGCUCCCAGACCGCAGCGGUGACAAGGACACGGAUGGCGCCCCUGGCAACUGUUCAGAAAACCCCUGUCAGAACGGAGGCACCUGCGUGCCCGGCGUGGAUGCCCACAGCUGUGACUGCAGCCCCGGGUUCAAAGGCAGACGCUGCGAGCUUGCCUGCAGAAAGGUGCCCCAGCCCUGCACGCGGCUCUUCUCUGAGACGAAGGCCUUUCCGGUCUGGGAAGGAGGCGUCUGCCACCACGUGUAUAAGAGAGUCUACAAGGUGCACCCAGACACCUGCUUCAGAGAGAGCUGUGAGAGCACCCGCACCAGGAGAACGCCUGACAGGAAACGAAGCAACAGUCCUACACUGGAGAAAUCUUAAGCACAUCCCACCCUCUCCUGGCAAUUCCGCCCCCGUGACUCCCACCUCCCCACACGCAAACUCUGUGGACGUCUUCACGCUAGUCUGGAAGCUCCCGGGCGAGACCACAGAGCCCCGGCUGCAGCCCGCCACCACUCCCAUCAACGCGACGUCACUGGGGAUGCACAGGAGGCUGGCUGGCCCAGGACAGCGCCCCUCGGGCUCCGGACAGGAGCCAGAAGCCGUCCCCCAGGUGUGGGAGAGGCGCCCGGGGGACAAGCAGCUUCGCAGGCAGGGCCACCUCUUCUCAUGUGGCUGAGGGAGCAAAGGAGGCCCUGACGAACAAGCAGAAGCAGAGCACCGGCCAGCACAGGCUGACACCAAAGAGCAUUCGCCACCGCGAGGGGAGGCAGACGCAGGGACCCGCAGGCCGGGCAGCCGUGUGUCAAAUGUGCAAAGUUGUGGCACUCGGCUCCCGUCGACCCAAAGGCACCCCCUCCCUCGUAACCGCCACGUCCCCAAAACAUGCACUGCAAGGCCGGCAUGCAGGGCACCCCCACAGAUACACUCUGAGUGUGAAAUAUUUAUACUGCAGUAAGUCGUCUGAAAGAUAAUAUAUUUUUUAAAAAACUGAUUCAGUAAACCCGUUGCUAUACAAACAAUUCAAAAACCCUCAACUAAUUGUUAAAUUAUCAAAUACUGGCUUCUAAAGUACCCAUUUUGGGGACAAUGGAGAAAACACCAAGAAGCAGGAAACAUUCACACACUCGCACCCAAGAACACGGUGCAAGAAUUCACCUCCAUUGAGGGCCCGGGGACAGCCCAGGCCUUCCGAGAUCCAACGUGUCACCAGCCAAGGGGAGCAGCCUGCAGACUUCAGAUUUAAGCUGCAAUGCUGCCAAGGGACCCCGACACGGGGGCUGCGGCAGUUCUCCACAGCCCACGCCACCCCCACUGCCACGUCUCUCACGGUGGCAAGGGCCCUCAUGGUGGGCAAGAGCUUCAGCUCCUCUGGGGGCAGCGACCCGAGAGCCCCAAGACACGAGAAGCCACCGCUGGGAAGAGGAGCGGGCCCACCGGCAUCCCCUCCAGCCCAGCCCAUUGCCAUCUCAGGAGCAGGAGGUUCUGGUUCCGCGGACCAACCUCACGAGUUUCUAAAGCCCAGGCAGGCGGGGUCUGACCCGGAUGGAAAAGGGCCCCCUGAGAGGCACAGUCCUGGGGGCAGAAGCCCCGCCCGCACGCUGACCCGGCCGCCGUCUCUGGAGGGUGGCCUCUGCCGCGGUGAGUGUGCCAGGCCUGCCACGCGGGGCUGUUCCCGGGGAGCUUCUGCAGCCCUCGGAUCCCGAAGUCAGAGAAAGCCUUCUCCCCGGGAGACCCAACAACCAAACUGAGGGACUGCUGCCAACAACUCCCAGAGCAGAGCCACAGCUGAGGGGCAGUGGAUCCAGCACUCGGCCCGGCGCCCCUCCGCCAGCCGGCAGGUUGCUGAUGCCAACCGUCCGCAGGCUGGGAUCCAUCCGAGACCAGCCGAUUUUGAAAGAGACGACGAAGAGUAGCGCUGAGGCGGAGCUCAGACACCUCUCACCUAUGACCUUUUCGGUCAAGGUCAGAGAGUAAUUAUUUGUGGCUUUGCGGGCCAAACGGUCACCGCAGCCACGACUCGCGCUUCAGCUGAGGCACAAGUGCAGCCAGGUGCGUGACUGACGGCGCGUGGCUGUGUUCCGAGACAACUCGAUUUACAAAAGACAGGCAGGGCCAAGCCAGCCCACGACCACAGCUGGCGGUGCCCUGGUCUCUGAGGUCGCAGGCUUCAGCCUCUGCAGGGAACGCCAGCCCCUGGUGCCAAGUCACACCAAGGCACCAAAGGCCUCCCAGGUUCCACGGAAGCCCCACUCCAAAGGCAGCAAGGGCUCCUCCCUGCAAGCCUGGACGCGGCCGAGGCGACAGCGGGGCAGACAGACUGGACCCUGGCUGCGAUCUCUUCCAGUCCAGGCUUGAGUCAUGCUGGGCUAUCAGGGGAGAAGCAGCGUCUUCCCAAGCCGAUCGCGGUGACCACCCGCCGCCCUGCUCUCCAGCCCGCCGCUCCACAGCACCAGCUUCUCCUGCAAAAGAGGUUAAAACCAAAGAAGCCAAGCCCACCUGUAUCCUGCUGAGCAUCUCAACAGCUGACCCAAAGCGGGGCUCAAGCCCGGCCAGGCGCCUCCCUGGCGCUGCCCAAGCCAGCAUUCCAGCCACAGACAGCCCCUUUCUCGCCUCUGUGAGAGACACUCUCUGCAGAGUUCUAUCUGAGGCUUUUUAUUUUUAUUAAAGUUUUGCGUGCACACAUCUGUGUAUUUUCAGAAAGGAGGCACAGCCAUCCCGAGACGUCUCCUCUGGGUUCCAGCAGGUCCCCCGUCUCCAAGGCCCGCUGGGAGGACACAGGGUUCAGCCAGGGCUCUGAGGCCGAGAGAAUGGAGAGAAAACCACACACACAAACACGGCUGCCAACUCCCGCGGUGAUGCCGGGACCUGCCGCCGCCGCCGUGCAGGAUACGGCACCGCAAGCAAACGGCAAGAUCGCGGGAGACCACUGGAAGGAGGGGAAACUGCCGCCAGGUGAAUGACCUCAAGCCCCCAGCACGAGGCAGACAGGACGCGUUCCCAAGACACGGCCACUGAAUCCCCAGCUUGGCGCUGUGCUGUCUUGUCAACCCGUCCUGAUGGCCCCUAAGUUAGAUGCCUAGUAAAAUGACUUCCUGACGCUACAAGUAUUGUAACUCAUCCUUCCAACAUUACAAACGAGCCACUGCCUUUUUUGACAUGGCUCCUUAAAAAUCGCCCUUGGAAAGAGCCCAAGCCCACCCGGAAAGACUGACGACGGGAUCAGAAAGUCGUCAGGCACAUAGUUCUGUCACCAUGAAACGGGGAAUCGUGCGCUGCCAGCUUAGCCAAGUGCUGAUCAAAACCUGGGCCGACUAACCACGUAAUUGAGCUCAGACUGAAGACUCUGUUCGUCCCAACAGAGCCCAAGAGCAACAUCCCAGGUUCCGGGCAGGUGCCGGGCACCCGGAGGCCACAAAAGGCAAGAAUACAUGAACACUGACGUGCCUUCGCCUUCGAGCCCUCCUGCCCAUGGCUGACAAAGACAGUACUUGCACUGGCACACAGGCUGCGACAGGAGUGAACAAGGAAAGCCACGGAGCCCUGCUGCUCGCCCGCCAGCACCAGCCGGCCGCGCACGUGGGGGUUCACCCAGCUGCUCUUCUCGUGCAGGACGCAGCUUUCUCUCCGCGCACCCCACACUCGACCACGGGCCCGGAGGCAGCGAAGGCCUGCACCUCGGCGCCGAAUCCCCACGCCAAACGCAGCUCAAAUCGACCGCGUCCAGGACGGAGGGGAAAGGAACUCUAAAAAUCAGCUCUUCGUUUUGCUUUGAAAUAAAAGAGAAUUGGCAAUAAGCCCAUUUAAAAGCUUAGGUUCUCAGAGUCCACACGGGCACGCUGCACUGGUCGAGGCCCCAAGCGGGGCUGAGCCUUGGCACUGGGGACACUUCGGGCUGGCGCCUUGCGGUGGGUCUGUCCUGUGACGGGAGGACGCUCAACAGCAGCCCUGGCCUUGACCCACAGAGCCCAAGGGCACGUGCUCCUGGUCCUCGCGGCCAGAGAGGCCCCCAGAGGAUGCCCGACGUUCUCUGGGGCCAAGAGGACCCCUAACUGAGCAAGGCUGAGAGGACGUACACGGCCUCUUUGAGAAGAACGAGGCCGAGCUCCCGCAGUCUCAUGAAGCGUUAAAAUACUGCAGAGACCCGAGUUCUGGCCACAACCCCGAAGGCAUUUUCUGCAGCACCAAUCCUUGUGCCAGUUCCCCCAAGGAAGGGGUUCCCAGAACGCUCUAGGGCACCCUCCCUCCCGCCAGUGGACCCCUGGCUCACAUGCGCUUCUGCCCCCGACCCCAGCUCACCCACCCUCCUCAGACGCACGGGCUCCCCCAGGGCACGUCCCCCCCAGGGUCAGGCAGAGCUCCCCGGGGAGACCAAGCCCAGGCCCCGACCCCGCCCACCCGGUGACCCUGGCGCCUGCUUUCCCCUCUGGUCUCAGAAGUGCCAUCUGUGCGGUGUUCUGGCAGCUCCAGGGCGGCGCUCCGAUGCUGCCAGAGGGUCAGGCCGACAGGACAGGACCCGCGGCACAGGAGCUGGCACGAACGCAGACUCCCUUGGAGCUCAGCGUCAGAUACGGACAAGCAGCCGCGCCUUGCUGGCAUCGAGAAGCCGUGCAGAACAAGGCCACACGUCGCUCGUCCGCCUCCUUCCACGCUGCUGUACACUGAGUGCAGCUACGACGCAAUGAGAUAUGUGCACAUUCAAAACCUGAGUGUCUCUGUGGACAACCUGCUCCUUGUCUCAUAAAAUAAAGCGCUGCGUUGUCCUAACA